CCUCCUUCUCAUUCACGUGUUCCUCCUCUUCUCCAUCUCCAGCUUGGGACUUCUGAUAUCUCUGAUAUCUCUCGGGACAACGAGACGAUUGAUAUGCAAAUCUAAACAAUCCACUGCUGUGCUGUGCCUGACAGCUUUGUGUCUCCUUGACCUCCGCCACAAUCCUGAACAAAUCGCUUUCUCAAAGGACGCGACCUUGGACCUUUUGUCUGGACCCAAGCGAUCCGAUCUACUCUACUCACCCACAUCCACACAUCCAUCCUGCGAACAGGUGAUCAGCUCGUGAUCCCGAGUCAGCAGACCAAUCUUCUCCCAUCGAGAAUACAAGAAGUCGAUAUCGACCAUCCAAAAGCCUCGUCCAAUUUAAUCGGUGACCGCAGCGUCUGCAGUUGCACCUCUUCAGUCCUCGUCCUCUCGCGACCAGAAUCUUGUCGUCGCCUGUUGAUCCCAGAUUUCGCGGUCGCGUCGCAUCCCCAGGUUGAGAUAACACCCGCCGGACCCCCUCCAAAAAAGCGUGCAAGGUAUGUGCAGCGCCUGAUUUGCUCCCCUCCCCUCACCUCGCACCCCCUCCUCACUUCCAACUCCCAGCUCUCCAGCCCCAGUGUGCCCCCGGAUCGCGUAUGGAAUAUCAUAACUCGCCUUGCGCCUCCUACACACACUUCGCCUGUUCUUUUUUCUUUUCACUCUCACUCUUUUUGGCGCUGUGUGCUCCCUCAUGUCACAUCCGCUCGUGGAACCAUCACGUUCCUAGGGCGAAUUGGCACGACUGGUGUCCGCCGAUGGAUGGAUUGCAAGUGGUCCAUUUUCCACGCGACCUGGAACAGAGGUCACGAUCCAUCGUCGCGGUACUCCAUUGCUCCAACCCUCCAAGACCCGGAUAUGACCGCCUCCAUGGAGGGGUUCAACGCCAGUGCACUCAACUUCUCUCAACCUUCUCUCUCCGCGUCCAUGUCACCAGACCGCAAACACAGACUGCUUCUUCCCUUCUCGUCACAUCCUCCUUCAACAUUGGACCGUCGGCACUGAUUCUGUACUGCGAUGCCCAUCCUGCCCACUCUGCUGGGCCGAGUGCCAUACUCGACGGGGUGCUCGACGACAAUGUGCAAUGCUCGGCCUAACAAUGUCCACUGCCUGUUUGCACGAUGCAAUCAGUAGUCGCAAGUGCGAUGCUUGCUUGCAUCCCAUCCUAUUCCAGUCAAUCAUCGCACAGGUGGCUAUCGCCACAAUAGCACCUCCAAACAACGACCAUCUCAUUUUCUGUCAACCGCUUUGUGAUACCUGAACUGCAAUGACACGUGCUGACCUUGUAGGUACUACUUCACCAGACACAGAAACGUUCGUUUCGAGAAUCUCUGAACGAACUACUGCAGCAGAGCGCUUCGAGAACUUCCGCACCGCCGAAUCCAUCAAGUCUUUCGAGUGGUUCAGGAGUGUAGGACUUCUGUCCGUUGCACCUGUGCAAACUUCGGCCGAACACGUCACUUGGCUGCUCCGAAAAGAUCAGGUUAGGCUCAACAUUAAAUCUACCUACCUACCCCUUCGAGGUCAUCUGCGCCUCUCGGAUCCCAAUCAGUCCACGCCUACGAAUCGUAUUGCAAGGCGCAACGAUCUACACACCUACUGUCAAAAUGGCUGACCAUAUGGACCUUGAAGGCUCUGGCUUGCAGGAGGUUGCCAACGCGAUGCGCCAGGAGGAUGUCAUGGAUGGACAUAUGAAUGCGCACAAGCGAAAGCGAGAAUCGGAAUCAGCUGAUGACACGAGACGUCUCAGCAACAAGCGUGUAUCCCCAAAUGGCAAGGGAAUGGACCAAUCCAGUCACGAUGGUGCUAUCGAGGCUUUGCAAGAUUAUAGCAACCUACACAACGACCAAAAUGGUUCUGCCGAGCAUGCUUCUUCGACUGCUGCUGCUGCCCUUGCUGGCAUCUAUCCUACCAUGACUAUUCCUCAACCCACCGGCGUCUCGUUUGCCAGUCAAGACCCAGACUCGGACCGCAACCCCGAUAACUCGUUCAUGGACAAUAGCCAAGCUGGUGAAAGCUUCAUGGAGAAUCCUCAGCCGCCUCGUACCCCAAAGCCAGCUGUAGGAUCUGACGAAUGGCACAAAGUCCGAAAAGACAACCAUAAGGAAGGUAAGUUUACAAUAACCCUAACAUUCAAUCAAAGCCACAAGCUCACAAGAUGUUAGUUGAACGCCGUCGCCGAGAGACUAUUAAUGAGGGCAUCAACGAACUAGCGAAAAUUGUUCCUGGAUGUGAAAAGAACAAGGGCUCAAUUCUUCAACGUGCGGUCUCAUUCAUUACUCAACUGAAGGAGAAUGAGACUCAGAAUAUUGAAAAGUGGACUUUGGAAAAACUUUUGACCGAGCAGGCCAUUGCUGAGCUCAGCACUAGCAAUGAUAAACUCAAGGCUGAGUGCGAACGAGCAUGGCGAGAGGUUGAGACUUGGAAGAAGACAUGCCAGCUUGCAGGAUUAGACCCGAAGAAGGACGACAACUAGGACUUUUCAUCCGAAUCGAUGGACGGGCCUUGUCACUGCAUGAUUUGUGGUGAUUUAACGACUUCGACAGGAUGAUACCCCCCACGAAUGACGACUUUCGCCUUUCGCUGUUUUUCAUGUAUGGACAUUUGGAUCUUUUCCACAGCUUCUGAUGGGAGUUUUCUUUUGAGACGAGCCCCUUUUCUAACACGUUGUUUUGCUUUCCCGGUGGUAUUGAUCUUAUCGCACGCACGCACAGAUUGGAGGGAGGGUGUUUGAUGAUGACCAUAAUCGCUAGACCGAAAAACCGGGGGGGCUUGGUACCAUUUUAUUCUGCACAGCUUUGGCGUAACUCCCGAGGUGUUUUUAUGCCAUCCAUAGCAAAUUGAGACAAUCUUUUCCCAGAACCAAAAGAAAGUCGAAAAACAAAGUCGAAGGAUUUGAUUUGUCUUUCGUUUGAGGUGGAGCUUUGCGAGUUUCAUGGCAGUUGUUCUUGCUAAUGAUAGAAAAGCUUUGUAAUUUAUCAAUGAAAAGUAUCAAUAUG